CUUCAGUCUGAUCAGAUCGGAGUCACGCGGUGCUGCUCUCUGUCGCUCUGCGCUUUGUGUCUCCGCGUCUCUCCGUCGGUCUGUCCUCAGUGAAUGAGCGGGAUCACGCGUGUCUUCUGCGGGAAUCCAGCAGCCCGAGCGGGUCUGUUUCAGCGCAGGUGUACAGGCUGCUGAUCUCCUGUGCCGCACGCUAUGACCAAACCCCAUCAUCCGUGCUCGGUUGGUUCCACCCGUCUGUAGAGUCCGAUCAGACGGGAGCUCGAGGUCUGCGUUAAAAUGUCUGCGUGUGGAGAGUUUGCAGAGCACGUGUGGAAACCAGGCUCCUGUAAGAACUGCUUCCAUCCGCGCAGCGCUCACGGACAGACCGGCACGGCGGGAGGCGCUGGUGUCCAAACGAGUCUGAUCGGAGAAGACGAGGAUGGGGUGACGUCUCCCUCUCUGUAUAGCAAACCCACCAUCGCUGUCAGACCCACCAUGAUGAACAUGGACGUCACAAUGGAGGUCAAGACAGACAUCAACAUGAAUACAGAACAGAACAACCAGAUGACCUCUGUAGGACUGAAGAAAGCUCUGGAUUUGGCUCCUCUGUACAUCGAUAGCAAUGGAUGUAAUAAAUCUCUUAGAGAAACCGUAAUACAAAACGGCAUCUCUGGAAAGAAGUUCUCCCCAAACAUUUGUUCUCCCACUGGAUUAUCCAAGGACUGCAUGAUUAUCAGCAAUAUAAUUAUGAGUCAGGAAGAAGGCUGUGUUCCCCACAGUCUGAAAGAGAAUGGGAACAGUGGCUCCUAUAGACAGAUGACCAAAGCGGUCAAGAGCACUUACGCCAAUGGAGAUCUAUGUCUUCAUAACGGGACUGGAAACAGUGAUGGAGUUACAAGUCCUCUAAGGGCAUCUGUAGAGGAAAGGCAAGCCAGAACCGCACCAGGGAAUGUGGUUAAUGGAUCGUCCAAUGAGACGCCAGGUACUUCACCAUCUCCAAUGACUCCAGACUCCUUCCACAAAAGCCUGUCAGACUCGUGCUCCAAUCGGAGCAGCGUGGAUUCGUUACCAGGACUCCGGAGCCCUCAGAAGUCUCCAGGUUCCACUAGCAUUCCACUAAACGGGCUUGAGGAAAGUGAGCCGAUCUAUGCCGAGAGCACCAAGAGGAAAAGACGACUCAAUGCUCAGUGCGAUGGGAAGGCUCCGCAGUCCUCCGAGUCUGAAACAGAGGUCAACGUAAGCGACAAUCAAAGAGCGACUAUUACAGUCAUGGCUGCCCAUACUGAGGAAAACAACCGGACGUUCUACUUGAGCAGCCCGGAUUCUGCCGUAAGCACCCAAUGGACCCACUUCAGCCCAACCACGCCCAAAGACCCAUCAAGCCCAGCGUUCACUUGGCCAAAUGCUCCUGAUGCCUUUGAAACAACCCAACCCAAGCCUCAAUCGAGUCCCCCGGUUCCCCCUAAGAUCAGCACUCGUCCACCAAGACUUGGUACCUCCAGUCUCUCCCUAGUACCGUUACCCGAGCUCAGCUUUCACGUGGUUCUUCCUCCAAAUCAAGUGACCUCACAAGUGCACGCCAGUGCUCCAACUCACGCCGUCCCGGAGUGGAGACACAAGUCCCACAGCGCCAGGAGUCUGGAGGGCUGUAUUGAUGAGGUGGAAGAGGAGGUCGAGUCUGAGGGGACGGCCAAGAGAUCGGGCUCUUCUAGUGGGCCGGGCGACUCCAUCAAUGGUCCUGCUGUUCCUUGCAUUGAGUCCAGAGAAUGGACGAGCGAGAGCAGUGCGAUGCCAGGCACCGCCAACAAAAGCACCAGUCAUUUGCAUGCGGAGGACAGCAGAGCCAAUGAGAGCUUGCUCUCGAGCCCGUCUCCUCUCAUUCACUCCAGUGAACCCAACACCAGUUGGGAUCCUGCGCCACCUCCGCCACCUCCCAAAAAAAACCACCGGGUGUGUAAGCGUCUGAGUGGCAGUAAUAUGGAUCUGGAGCGUGUGGGUCAGCAGGGGUCAGUGGAGAAUCUCAGCCAGUCACUGCGAGGACUGAACUGCUGCACAAACGCAUCCAGCGACACCGACUCCACUCUCCGCUUAAGCCCCUCCCCAUUUCUCAGCAGCCUGUUUGGCUCCGCCCCAGCAUCGCCGCAGCCUGACACGUUUCCUAGCAACAGCCUGGCGAAUCAGCUGCAGCCGCCUCCGUUACCGCAGAAGAAGCUAGUGAACCGCACCAUCUCGGCUCCGAGCGAGUCGGGCGUCAAACCCCUGACCCGCUCCCGCCCGCGCCUGCCCUUCAGCGGCUCCGAGACCAACGUCAGCCGCCCCAGCGCCGCCCCGCUCAGCCCGGUGGAGCCGCGGCCGCUGUACUCGUCCAGCGAGUCUCUGGAGCGCCGCGCGCCUCGUCUGGGGAACGUGACGUCCUGCUCGUCGCCGCAGCUCAACACACCGGCCGCUGGAUCCACACUGCAGCUGCACGCGCUGCUCAGGAACAUGGACAGCCGCGAGGGUAUAUACUCGAAGCUGGGCGGCCUGUACGCGGAGUCGCUGCGGCGUCUGGCGCUCAAGUGUGAGGAGCAUUUCACCAGCGGCCAGAGGAACACGCUGAGAUUCGACGAGAGCAACUGGUCACUCUUCAAGCUGACCUGUAACAAACCCUGCUGCAUGUCCGGAGACGCUGUGUAUUACUCCGCCUCCUGCGCGUCAGACACACGCAACACAUACGCCGUCAAGAUCUGUAAAGGCCAGGCACCGGACAGUAAGCAGGUUCAUCUGUACGGUCUGUCGGUGCAGCAGAACGUACCGCCUCACUUCAGCCUGCAGCAGGACUGCGGUCACUUCAUCGCGUGCGUGCCGCGGAGCAUGCUACCCAGCGAGGAGAGCGGUCCGGCCGAGCAGGAGCGCGUGGUGGUCAUCACACGGGACGUCCCGCACCAGAGCGUGGCGGAUUUCGUCCGCGAGUGGGAGUCGUUCCACCGCGCGCAGCCAGAGGUUUACGAGCGCCGCGUGUGUUUCCUGCUGCUGCAGCUGUGCGCCGGACUGGAGCACCUCAAAGCGCACGGGGUCACGCACCGCGACCUCUGCAUGGAGAACCUGCUGCUGGUGCAUCACCGGCGCUCCGACCCGCAGCAGCACAGCCUCCCGCGCCUCCUCAUCAGCAGCUUCGGCAAAGCGAAACGCCGCGACGAGGAUGCAGUUUGCACCGACCCGCGUCUGAAGCGGGAUCACGCCCGCCUCGCGCCCGAAAUCGUCUCGGCCGCGCAGUACCGCAAAUUCGACGAGUUCCAAACUGGCAUCCUGAUCUACGAGCUCCUGCACCGCUGCAACCCGUUCGAGGCCACGCCCACCAAAUGCGACUACAGAUGCGACGAGCUGCCGCCCAUCCCCAGCGCGUCCAUCUACUCGUCCGGCCUGCAGAGACUCGCGCACCUGCUGCUGGAGCCCGACCCUGGACGCCGCAUCCACAUCCAGGACGCCCGGUGCAUCCUGCAGGCGCUGCUGUGGGGCCCGCGGCGGGAUCUGCUGGAGUGCGGCGGUGCGCAGAGGCUGGAGCCGAGGCACGACGGGCUGCUGAACUGGCUGGACGUGAAGCGCGCGCUGCUGAUGAUGAAGUUCGCCGAGCGCUCGCUGGAGCCGGAGAGGAACGCCGAGCUGGAGGACUGGCUCUGCUGUCAGUAUUUCUCCAGCGCAAACCCCAAAUCACUGUGUCAGACCGCUGAGCUGCUCUACAACCUGCGCUUCACGCACUGAAUGAUGGCCGUUAAUGUGCCUCGUGAGAUCAGACGUGUCGAAACACUGCGUGUCCUUCACUGGAAUCAAGCACCAGCAGCCGGACGCUCGUGUUUUAACAUUCCACCGUUUCAUUUCACCUUUUCUAAUGUAUUUCUGGCUGGUUUUAUCACGUGCUUUCAGAGUGAAUCUCACCAUGUCUGAAAUAUGCAGAUCACGUUUCACUCAAAAUUUAAAAUGUAUAUAUAUAUACACACACUA